AUGAGUUUUGCAAUCUAUGACUUAGAGGAUGACGUUAGAAAACUACUAACCACGGAAAACUUUCUUAAUGGGUUGUCUGUCAAUGAUUUUGUCGAGGAAUUAAGCAAGGAUCAUAUUCUCAAGGGCGCAGAAGUUAAUAACUUAGAAUACCUUGAUCCCAAGCCUUACAUCAGAACUUUCGAGUCAACUUUACGGCACUUAAGACAAUUGAGUGACGAAGCAUCGAAGCAGAUGGAAAUAGCAGAACGAGACGUGGAUGAAUUCGAAUUGACUCAUAGUAGGGCUGUCCUAGAGCUUUCUUCUCAGGUGGAGGAGUUUGUGUCGAAGUUCGGAAAUUUGGACUCCGAGAUUUCCAGCAUCACCAGCAAAAUAGAGCCACUCAACCAAUCGCUAAACAAAAUUACCAAUUCGAGAGACCGGUCCAUGGAAACCAUUUUUCUUGUCCGUGCUUACCACGGCUUCUAUACAAAGGAGAAAUACGACCCAUUAGAGAAGCUAAGAACCUCAAAAACAAUUGACUCGAGAACUAAAUGUGCCAAAACAGUGAAGAACUUACUCACGCUAGCUAAGAAAAUUGAAACAAUAACGGGAAACCUACCAAAAGUCUCAAAAUGUGUCAACUCGAUACAGAAAUACAGUGAAAUGAUGGAGCAAACAUUGAUCGAUAGAUUUGAAAUUGCAUCCGAAGACAAUGACUUUGAGGAAAUGAGCCAAAUAUCACAGAUACUAUUCGAGUUUAAUGGCGGCAGUAGUGUGGUUCUGGCUUUCAUGAAUAAAAGUGAUUUAUUUUUUGAGUCGGACCAAGAUGAAGGAGGUUACUCUAUUAUUGAAGAUGAGGCUAUUUGGAAGAGUUUGGGGGAUCCAAAUUAUCACAGCCAAUCCAUAUUUAAAGGUGAAAUAACCGAGGUUCUAUUGGAUAGGCUUAAGGUUUCCAUAAAGGGCCAAGCACGAAUCGUGCAACAAGUGUUCACUGAGCCUCUUCCAGUUCUAAAAAUUAUGGUUCAAAGAGUUUAUGCCCAAAUGAUUCAGAACAAAGUCUCCACUCUUUUACUGUUUUCUCAACAAUCAGGAGCUCUAGCUCACGUCCGAGUACUAUAUGCGCUUUAUGUACUCGUUGGGGAUUUUACUAAAGAUAUGAAAGAGUUCUUCGUUACGAACGAAUUCGAUGAGAACAACGAAAUUGGUUCUACCUUGGACCAAUGCUAUUAUGAUUUGUUUAUUGACUAUUUGUCAGAUAAUUCUUACUUCAAGUUGGAGAAAGAAAUGUUGGAAUCAUUCAUAUACGACAUUGCCCAAAAAUUCAAUGCAUUUAAUGAGAAAGCCUUGAGCAAAAAGCAAUUAGAACAUAAAUUGCAAGAAAUCGAAAGUGAAGGCUCCUUUGCAAACACAAGAAAUGACCGCUCAGGUAUAGAAAGUGAAAAGCACGUCUUUCGCUUCAUGGAACGAAAAAGACUAAGCAGAUUUAAAGACUUCAUGAAAUCCCAAUUUUCUGAAAGGUUGAAUAAGGAAAACAUGGAUUUGCCAAGUAACGGCCCAGAAUUUGAAGAAUUUGGGGUGGUUAAUAUUACAAAAGUGCAAAUUGUUUUGAGGUUGGCAAUAGAAGCAAUUGCUAGAGUUUUAGAGUUGGCGCCAAGUAAGACUCCUGAACAUUCCUUGGAUAUUUUGGAGAUCUUAAUUAUGGAUUUUGGUGGGCUUUAUAUUGGAGGGGGAAUAGAGGUAGCGUAUGAAAAGUCGUUAUAUGAACUCACAAGCGUUUCAUUGACGCAAGAACCCAAUUUGGCAUUUUUGAAAUCGUUUACUACAACAAGUGACAUUUUAUUCUUACUCACAUCAUGCAUUAAAAAGAUUGUAUUACCAUGUGCGGUAAACAAUCCAACCAUCAGGAAUAGAAUGAUCAGCUUGACUAACAACUAUGUCUCUGGCAGUGAAACAUCUUUGAAUUUGAUUAUUGGGAACACUGUGGAAAUCGUCACAAACAGAUUGAAUCUUCUUUUGCAGAAGCAAAAGAAAAAGGACUUUUUAUGUGAUGUCAUUGAUACUAAUCAAGAUUAUACAGAAGUAUGUGAAAGCAUUUCCGACUUCUUAAUUGAUGUGCACAGCGUGUUGAAGUUGUAUUUACACGAUGGAAAUCUCAACAAUGUUCUUAUAAAAAUCGGCAUGAUCACAUUAAACUUGUUAUUGGAUCACUUCAAGAAGUUUAGCGUUAAUUCCACAGGUGGAAUUGUGCUAACCCAAGACGUAAUCAGGUAUCAAUCUGUCAUUGAUUCUUGGGAGAUCCCAGAAUUAACAGAGAAUUUCCAAAUCUUGAAGGAAAUUAGCAACUUAUUCACCGUUCAACCAGACUUGAUCAACUCUUUGAUAACAGAAGGACACUUGGCUAAUUUGAAGGUCUAUACUGUCAAACAGUAUAUAUCCAAGCGGACUGAUUUUUCUCCUAGCUACUUCGAUCGCUUCUUUGGUCGCAAGUAA